CUUCAAUUCAUCAGAUCAGUGUUUCUCGGCCCGGCAUUGUAUCCGGUGUAUAGAAUACAUUUUUCUACAGCUAGAGAAUGUCCUUCAAGUGGAACGACGGGCAUAUGAUACCGUUUUUGAGGGCAUAUCGAAGGCAGGAGUGUUUGUGGAAUAACAAAAUGAGCGGAUAUACUAAACCAAUUUUGCGCGAGAAGGGCUACUCGCUUAUGGUAGAAGAAUUGAAUUUACCCCAUCUAACCGUGGCUGACAUCAAAGCGAAAAUAAAAGGCGUUCGAACCCGAUACGUAGCAGAACUUACCAAGGUUCGUAGCUCGGAAAAUACAGAUGACGUCUAUGAGCCACGGUUAUUUUGGUUCAAGGAAGCUAAUGCCUUUUUACGGAAUGUCAGCAUAUCGAAAUCAUAUUCUUCCAAGAUACCUGACUCUCCUAACGCAUGCACAAAUACAAUAGAUUUCAGGCAAGGAAUCAAAGAAGAACCGAUUUUGCCAGCUGAGAAUGGCCAAUUUUACCCAGCGAAUUUCAGAAAAUCAUACCUAAACGACACAGACGAGCAAGUCUUGAUGCCACGAAAGCGACCUGCUCCUCCAAUGAUUCACUUCCCAAAGAAGGUAAAAGACACAUCAAACGAUCAGAAAGGACUGCAGAAUGAGUUUGAUGUUUUCUGUGAUAGCUUGGCAAUUCAAUUGAAAAAAAUGCCACUAUCCAGGGCUCUUAUAUGUCAGGAAAAACUUCAACAAGUCAUGACACAAGAACGUCUGUCCCAGUUGGCAAAUACAUCGAACAGACCCAGCAGUUGUUCGUCGCCAGCAAGUUUCUUCAGCCAAGAAAGUCUGCCACCCUCCCACUACAACAACUAUUCCAACGAAACAACGAAUGAUCACGUCGAGUACGCGGAAAACGAUGACAACGAUUUCUCGCACGCAGUGAAUUCCAUCGAACUGGUUUAUAGUGAUGAUUCCAAUCAAUAAAAUAAUAUCAACAAAUUUUUAAAACUCUG